AUGCCUGGCCCCCUCCAAGCAGAGUCGCCCACCGAGCGACCGUCGUCCCGUGACUCACCCGAGCGGGGCAAGAAGCGCGCAAGGACCCAAUCCAUGCCUCCGCCAGAGCUACCCAAGCUGGUCGCUGAGCAGCAUGCGCCCAUCCCCACCAACGACAAAGACACGCAGCGCCUCAUUGUGGUGCUGUGCAAUGCCACGCUCGAGACGUACAAGGCGUCCCACGGCUCCGGCCGGGGUCCUGGAGCGCGUGAGGACAAGUACAACCUCCUCAACAGCGACGAUCACAUUGGUGUCAUGAGGAAAAUGGGCCGCGAUAUCAGCGAGGCGCGGCCGGAUAUCACCCAUCAGUGUCUCCUCACCCUCUUGGACUCGCCUAUCAACAAGGCCGGCAGGCUGCAGAUCUACGUUCAGACAUCCAAGAACGUCCUGAUCAAAGUAUCCCCCGGCGUGCGCCUUCCCCGAACUUUCAAGCGAUUCGCUGGGUUGAUGGUGCAGCUACUCCAUCGCCAUCAGAUUCGGUCGACACAAUCGCAGGAGAAGCUCAUCGAGGUCAUCAAGAACCCCAUCACCGACCACCUGCCACCCAACUGCCGCAAGGUCACGCUCAGUUUCAACUCCGAUGUCGUGCGUGUAAGUGACUACAUUGCCGACCUCAACCAGAACGAGAGCAUAGCCGUCUUUGUCGGAGCCAUGGCAAAGGGCAACGACGAUUUUGCCGACCACCUCAAGGACGACAGCAUCGCCAUCAGCAAUUACAACCUCAGUGCCAGCGUUGCUUGCAGCAAGUUCUGCCAUGCUGCCGAGGACGUUUGGGGCAUCUUCUAGUCACCGACUGCCAGCACUCCUCAGUGCCACAUGCGCACACAGGAUACGCCCUCUUAGUCAAACGCGACUACUGGCCCGACAUGACUGCGCCACGUUUACCAAAGGAAAGGAACGAGAGACAGGAUCCAUUUACCCAGCAGGACACGUAGGCUGGCCUAGAUCACAACAUCGACAGCCGCCUGCGCUGCUUUGCUUGAUUUUGAGCGUCUGCUUGAGGUUUUUUUUACAACAAAACUAUACUCUGGCUCAACGCACAAACAUCCUUCUUCAUCUUUGAAGAACUCGUGGGGCAUUUCAACCUGCCUCACUCCUCCUGUUUUUUUUUCUUUCUUAUUGUCAUCACGGCAUUGCGUCCCGCCAGUGCGCACAAUGUAGGUGUUCUGAUCCGACUGGACGGUGAUGCAGGCUUUUUGUCUGCCGUGUCAUUAGCCUGUCAUCCCCGUGAGCGACUAGCUUAAUAGGUAACUUGUGCCCUCGACCGAGUAGCGGUAUUAGGAUGGCCAUCAAUCUCUGCGUCAAUAGCAUCUGACAAAAUCCAA